UUUAAAAAUCUAAAAAAUCUGUGGUAGUAAAUAUUAAAGGGCAAAUAUAAAUGGCUGUAAAAAAUGUGGUAAAUUUUUGUAUAAAACAGCAAAAAGUGGUGAUUUGCUUCUAUCCUGUAAUAGCAACACGUAUGAAACAUUCAUCUGGAGGGCAAAUGAGUUCCUCUCCUGAAAAAUACUCUGCAUUAAGUUUUGAUGAAUAUCAAAGUUUAAAACGUUCUUUAAGAACUAAACAGCGUCUUUCUGGAAUUCCGUUUGCAUUUACUGGUUUAACUAUUUCUUCUAUGGCAACAGCUUACUUGGUUCCUGAUAUGUUUGAUGCAACCCCAGAAAAUGUGCAAUUAAUAAUGGGGCUUGAUCCAAUAGUCUUUUGCGGAAUAUGUGGUGUGUCAUCAAGUUUUCUUGGAUAUGUUUUAGGAACUAAUUUUUAUAAGUUGAUUUGGACUUUAAUGAAUAAAACUGAGGCAAUUCGUUUGCAAGAAAAAGAUAAAGAUUUCUUAAAACGACUUGAAAAGCAUAGAUUUAGUCAAGAUUCAAAGUUUGAAGAUGAUUAUUAUGGUGAAUCUAUUAAAACUCUUAGUGAUUAUCGUCAAUGGGUUCGAACUCAGCAACGUAAACGUGAAGCAGCUGCAAAGUUUAAAACAAUGGCUUCUACAAAGUUAACAUAAAAAAAUAAAAUUUAUCUAUUGAUACUAAAGUAUGCUUAACGAUCUAUUUUUUUUUUAUCUGCAGAAUUGUUUUUAAAAAAGCUAGUUACAAAUUAAGAAAAUUUUAUUUUUCAAAGAUGUUAUUUUGUAUUUUUGUUUCCUUUUUUUUGUUUUUUCUCACUAAUACAUAAAAAAUUUGUGAGAAAACGUUUCAAAAUAAUGCCUUAAGUUAAAUUGCAUGGCUAUUUGUAAUGUAAGCUGUGAUGUAUAAUUGUUUUUUGUAAAACAUAAAAAUCCAUUUUUUUAUUUA